UCCUUUGCUUGUAUCUAAAAAAAGAAGAAAAUUAAACUAACAAAUACUAUAUGCUAUAGAAUAGGAGGUACCCGAAUGGACAAAACGGCAGUUUACGUCAUUUAAGCCAAGUUGCACUAACAAUUAUAACCGACCUGGAAGCGAGAAUUGACUCUCUACAUAGUGCACACCCCAUGCUGCUCCUUUUCUUGCGCUGCUCGUAACACCCUUUUGCUCCCUCUCUCUCAUUACCUUUGUUCUUUUUUUUUUUCCCCUCUCCAUUUAUUUGAGAAAGAAACAAAGGAAAUGGAGCAAUAUUGCGCUUUUUAUGAAGGAGAAAGAGGUUGAAUUGAGUAAAAUGCACAAGGUAUAAGAGGGAACUUACAAGGGAAAGUUGAAGAAUGGUUUAAGGCUUUUUGUUACAUUGGAUUUUGUGCGGUAAGAUUGACAGAUUAGUUUAGUGAUUUUAUUGUGUGUAGCUAUUUUUUCUCGGAACAUAAAUGUCUGAAUUGGUGGCUCGGACUGGUCGGCAUCAGCAGCGAUAUGAGGCUGGUUAUCGCCUUAUCGCCGGGUGAAAAUCUUGCUAUAAGUGGAAGUUGUUUUCAAUGCUUGUCCCCGGGAACUAUAAAGACCUGUCGGAAUGGGAUGGAUAAUGUUCGUUCUAGGUUGCUUCUUGAAGAGUAAUAUUCUUUGAUCAAAUAAAUUUUAUUAAGGAGGCAGCUCUAAGGUGUAUUCCAUUUAGGUUCAGGAAUAUGGAAGAAAACAGUGGUGAGACAUCUGAGAAGAUAGUUGAAGUAUUGAUGAUAAACUCGACAAGUGGGCCUGGUCUUCUAUUCCCAAAGGGUGGUUGGGAAAAUGAUGAAACGGUCAAGGAGGCAGCUAUCCGUGAAGCCAUAGAGGAAGCUGGAGUUCGAGGGGAUCUAGUGCACUUUCUGGGACACUACUUCUUUAAAAGCAAGACACUUCAGGACGAGUUCAGUCCGGAAGGUUUGUGUAGAGCUGCCAUGUUUGCUUUGUUGGUGAAGGAACAGCUUGAGUGCUGGCCUGAACAGAGCCUUCGGAAAAGAAGUUGGCUGACAGUUCCAGAAGCAAUUGAAUGUUGCCGGCAUCCAUGGAUGCGACAGGCUCUUGAGGAAGGAUUUUUAAAGUGGCAUGACAGUGGUAUGACAAGCACAAUGAAUUGUGUGGACUAGUUGUUUCGCUCCUCUGACCAACAUUCAGGUUCCUUUUUCUGAACUUCUCGGUAGGAAGACACCUAUUCUUAGAGCUGGAUGGGGUCAUGGUGUGUAUUAGCUUUAAUUUCAUUUUAGGACUAGGAAGUUAAGAGAUGUGCAAAUAGUUGUUUUACAUAUUGAACCACAUUUUUAGUGAUUUCUCAUUGAUUCCUUGAUGGUGAAUUGGAGAAGAAACAAGAAAUUUUCCUCAUGUCUCA